AUGUCUCAAUCUGAUUCUUUUCCUGCAAUAUCUAAUCAAACUCAAAAUCUCGAACAAUUUCAUUCAAAACUAAAACUUCAAUCCCUUGAGAUCAUUAACCAAAUUUUUCCUCGUAAAAUUUUAGAAUUAAAUAAUUUAUUGCAAAACCAAUCAGAUGGUUCCAUAAAUAAUCCCAAACCUUCUUUGGUUCAAAAUGAUAAUAAUGAUAAUAUAAAAUCAUCUCGUAAACGACGCAGAAAUGAGAUCAAUAACGAUCCCACUCAAACUGGUGAAAUCAUAAAAGACGCUGAAAGUGAGUUGCAUAAAAUUCUUGAAUAUGAAGUAGCUUGUUUCGCUGGAUAUUGUUGUAAAUUGAGGGCUUGGGUUACGAUUAAAUAUCCAAGAAUUGGUACUGAAGAAAACCCAAAAGUUUCUGCACAAGAAGACAUAACAGCCGAAUUAUCGCGAGUUGAAAACAGUUCGUUUUUAUUCUUAGAUAGUAUUACAAGAUAUUACAUCGCUCGCGCCAAAUUAUGCAA